AUGUCAUCCGGGUUGGCCUCCGACGAAGUUGCCGAGGAUUACAAGAAUUCCUUGGAAGAUCUAACCAACAAUGACAGGUUUCAGAUCAGCAAUCUGACUGUCAUAGCCAAAGAAAACACUGAACAUGCGAUGGCCAUCUCCCGCGUGUUGGAGAACCACAUUCGAACAACUCCGCCGGCUCAGAAGUUGCCCGCCUUGUAUGUAGUCGAUUCGAUUGUCAAGAACGUAGGCACGCCCUACACUCUGUUCCUGGGUCGCAAUCUGUAUCAGACCUUUAUGAACGCCUACACACUGGUCGAUUCGCAGACGCGCAAGAAGUUGGAUGAGAUGCUCAAAACCUGGAAGGAGCCGGUUCCGGGUUCCCUCGACACCAGGCCCGUUUUUCCUCCAGAAAUUACUCGCAGUAUCGAGAGUGCUCUGAUCAAAGCAAGGACUGCAGCGCUUCAGCAGCAGCAGGCCCGAACCCAACAAGACAUCCUCGCUCGCGGUCGAGUUGGCACUCCUCCAGCUUGGAACAGCACUCCUACACCACCGCAAGGCAUGGGCCGCCAUCCACCUGCGGCAAACCAGGCUUUACCCAUGCAUUACCAGCGCAAUGGCUCUGGUCACGGAUAUCCACCAUCGGGUGAAUCGUACUCUUCGCGGGGAACGCCAACUCCCCAAGCCCAGCCACGCUCAACAGAGGUUGAUCUCGCGGUUCUCAACCGAGAUAUCGAGGCUCUUAUUGCCACCGCCAGGAACGAUUUUGCAAACAAUCCACUGGACCCUUCGAUACAGCAACGACUGAAGGCUCUUCUAGAUCUUCAGGGUAUCUUGCAACGGCAAGAACUUACCCAGGAACAAUUGAAGCUCGUCCGCGACCAGGUUUCAGCUCUCGCUCCGAAGCCUGCAAUGCCGGCUCCUCAGGCUAUGGCUCCAAGUGUCCCAGCCGUUUCAACGCCCCCCAUGGCUACUCCUCCAGCCCAAACACUUUCGCAACCUUUACAACAGCUUCUCAAUCCUGGCACGCUUGCCGGGCUCCUCAAAGCUACUGCUACACGUCAGCAGCCGACUCCGCCACCUCAAAUUCACAAUAUCCUACCGCAGAUGCCCACUAAUACCACCGCGCCGCAGCCUUCCGUCAGCGCCGCACCGGAAAAUCCUCUCAUUGCAGCCCUAAGAGCACAGGGCUUACUGCCACCGGCCUCGGCACCUCCAGCCCCUUUCACUGCUGCUCCGCCGCCAAAUGUCACGCCUGCUUUUCCAUUAAUUGUACCUGGUCAGGUGCGAGUCACGCCUCCAGUCGCAACACCGCAGACACAGCAAGGUACAUCCAAUGCGCAGAUCAACGUUCAAAUGAGCACAGCGUCCAUCAAAAUCCCUCGGCAAAUGCUGAUCUCCAGCCUCUACGAGACGCGGUCAAACCGGUGUGGAACAUGCGGUCAACGUUUCUUUGCAACAGAGGAAGGGAAGGAGAAGAAGGCUCGCCAUUUGGAUUGGCACUUCCGCACCAACCAGCGCAUGUCUGAGGCAGCUAGGCGGGCCCAGAACCGCAGCUGGUACGUUGAUGAACGGGAUUGGAUUAAAUCUCGUGAGGCGGGUGACGAACAAGAUCUUGCGGAGACGGAGGCCUCCGCUGAGGGUGUUGCUGGUGCUGACGGCGCUGCGACUAAGAAGGGGCCUCCCAAGCAGUGGAUCCACGCCCCGAAUGACGCAACAUUGCGAAACACCCCUUGCCCUAUCUGCCAGGAGAAGUUUGAGUCGACAUGGUCGGAGGAUGUGCAGGACUGGAUCUGGCAGGAUGCGGUCAAGGUGGGAAGUCGCGUGUACCAUGCUAGUUGCUAUGCCGAAGUUACCAAUAACGGACCUACGCCAGCCAGCCGGGGGACGCCAUCAGGACGAACUGGGACUCCCGAGUCUGUUUUGGGCAAACGCAAGGCCGAGGGGACCGACUCUCCUGGGUCCAAUGUGCGGAUUAAAACAGAGCCCGUGUGA